UUCUGACAGAUAUUCAUUUGUUUCGGAAUUAGAAAGUAAUUAAUUAAAUUGUUAAACGUCCUUCGAUUUUGAAUAUAUGAAAUGCAAAGUUCGAAAGUUUCACUAGUUCAGAUGUCUCUUUACUAAAAAGCUUCAAAAGCUUCAACAUUCUUCUAAACUCACAUGAAUUAUUUUUUCAAAUUUUCGCACUGAACCAUUCAAAACGCAAUAGAGAGAGAGUUUUCAGAUUGUUUAUAACAACGAAAACAAAUUUUAUACGUGCCGACUUGAGGCUAACGUAAUGAUAUCAGUAAAGUCUCUCAUGGAUUGAAUUCUACAGUGAUCGAAAAAUCUAUCCGUCAAUUUACCCGUAAUUUGCCAUAAAUACGAUAAAGCACUUACAAAAUCGUCAUACAGCAAAACGGUUUAGUGAAUCUGAUGUUGAGGGAUUCCAAGAAAAAACUAAUUAAUGCGACGUAAAUUCAAUGUAAAAACGGACUUGUUUCCAUUGCUUUUCAAUCCGGAUUUUCAAGAAUGUGAUUGACCCAUUCAUCUUGACAAUAAACGAUUGAUUGCAUGCGGAUAUAUCUCAUUGUACAUCAAGUUCAUUCAUUUUGGAACAACAUUGUUAUCAGUUAAUAUACAAGAAAACAAAUGGUCAGAGAAUUGGAGGAGAAGUUUAUCCUGCAUUGGAAUUAUCGUGGAUUUACAAAACUGCCAGAAGUUGUAAAAAAUUAUGGAACACAUAUCCAAGAGAUCUAUUUAAAAUGGAAUCGGCUCUGCAGUCUGCCCUGUUGGAUUGGUGAACUGUCAAACAUCACCAACUUGUAUCUCCAUGGCAACCAGAUAGAAACGUUACCAGAUGAAAUCGGAGAAAUGACUCAACUUAACACCUUGGACUUGGGGCACAACAAACUGAAAUCUUUACCUCGUCAAAUAGGAAGGCUUGAAAACUUGCAAACUUUAAUACUGAAUAAAAACUUGCUGAGAAUUCUCCCAUACGAAAUAAGCCAACUGAAAAAUCUUGAGACAUUGUCUGUGUGUGGGAACCAGUUGAUAGCAUUACCAGAAUGGCUAGGUUCUCUUCCUUGUUUAGAAGAAUUAAUUGCGGAUCGCAAUGGCCUUACUGAGUUACCAAACAGACUGACGUUCGCUGCACGCCUUUCUACAAUAUCUGUUUGUUCCAACAGGUUGCAGUACUUACCGCUGAAUGGAUUUCUGUCUGCCCCAUACAUACAGUUCGAUUGUAACCCAAUUAUAAAUUACCUUUCUGUGCCAGUGAGUUAUCAGUUGAGCCGUCGCAUUCAGUACUUUCGAGAUGCCAGAGAUAUUCCAGCUUAUAGAUGUUCUAUUGGGCCUGUACGUGACGAAGACAAUUGCGGUAAAGAAUUUAAACUAAACAUACAUCUCAAGGUAGAGAUGCCUGAUGAGGCUGUCCAGAAGACCAGCAUCAUAAAACUACCUCGACAACUCGUAACUGUUCAUGAUAUAACAGAAAACUACGUUCCGUCACUGUGGGAACUAGCACUACGACAAAUUUACUGCACAAGGUUUAAACACACCUUGGAAGUUAAUCAUUCCACACAAGAUGUAAUAGUGAAUCGAAUCAAACAGAAUCUUCAAAGCAAAAGCAAAAGUUCCGAAGUUAUAGGAUACAUGCAAAAUUUAUUGAAUAAUGGGCCAGCAAGUAUCUGCCUGAGCAACAAUUGUCAGCAGCCAAUUUUUACCGAAGCUUGGAUCAUUGUUAAUUCUAAUACAUGGACCAAUUUUCUACAAUUGUCAGUUUUCUGCAGUAAAAAAUGUCUCAGGGAGUUUACUGAAUUAACUGAUGUGCUCGCCACGAAUCGGCCAUGGUGUAUUGUAUGAAAUAAAUAUAAAUAUUUUUACAAAAUGAUAGGCUGUUUGAAUUGACUGUGUUGAUUAAUUAACAGAUAACUGUGAAAAUAGCAGAGAUCAUGAAUCUCAUUUCAAGCAAUUUAUUAUAUACAAGAGUUUUGGAGAUGCAAAUGGAUUAAGGUUACAAUUUAGGCCUAAAAACUAUUGCGAAAAUACUGGUAGCAUUUUGGUUUACAUGGGUAGAGUGUACCAAUUCUUUGACUGCUGAUUAAACUAAGGAAGCCAAUUAAAAUUGACGAUUCCUCAGAUUGAUAAAUCACAGUUAACGUAAGUUAGCGUAGUUUUAGCCUACAUCAUACUAAUUAAAUGUAUCACGACUGAGGCAAUUGUACUAUUACGCAUUAACUAGUAAUAUUAACCAUCUCAAAUGGAGACUUGAAAAA